AAAUUGUGUGAAGCAAGCAAGAAACUUGAAAAAGCUUUGGGGGAUGUUAACGAAAGGGAUAUUUCGGGACAACGUACUGCCGAACAGCUGAAGAAGAGCAAAGUAGAAAUAGAAGAUUUGAAGAACUCUUUCGAAACUGUUUCAGAUGAAUUACAACGUGUUAAGAUUGAGGUAGGAAUAUCGAUAACAAAGAUUGGUUGUGCGUAAAAUUCCGGUUAUGGAGCGCAGCGAAGUACAUUUGAGUUAUUGAAAUUAAGCCAGUUUUCCGCUUCAAGCGUAUCGUACUGAAUAGUGAUUGUUGAUUGGUUAAUACUUCCGUAGUACGCCAAAAAGUUGACUUGCGACGAACUUUUCAUUUUGACACGCGAAUACACCCGGAAGAACGUGGAUUUAUUUUUUAGAUAUUAUAUAAAAAAAUUUAUUCACCAAUAAUAGAAAUAAAAUACGGGGAUUUAUAAACGUCUUCUACGCAUGCUCACCAGUACGUUUCUGUACGGUACGGUUGAAGUGGAAAACUUGCUUAAAUUUAAAUAUGACUGUCUAAGUUUUGGUUUGUGGAAACACCACUGUCACCACGUAUAUUUACUAGGAGUAACCACAAGUCUGAAGUGCAUCCUGGGGAUAUUAUAGUCACGCAUACAUAAUAGAGACCUUAAGAUUGGCGUUUUAGGGCAAACGUCAAACCGCUAACGAAGUUUUGGAUAUUACAACUCUAUUAUAACAGCUUUUACACCAGUUUUUAAAUAUAUUGAAAAAUUAUUAAACUUGUGGUAUUUAGCAAUACUCUAAGAAAGCAAAAUAAUCACUAGUCGUGUAUUCACAAAAGCAGUAAAUUAAGAUUUGGCGUUUGAUGUUGACGUUUGGCGUAUAGAUUCUAUACUUGAACUGCUACGAGAGCUUGUAGUUGUUAAAGCUUGUGCCAAUUUUUAGCAUUGUCAAACUUGUCGAAGGCAUAAAGUUAAAAUGCGUUGCGGCGCAGACCAUGAUGCUUGUGCGAUUUCGUCUCUCGCGCAGGCGACGCAACGAAAUUCACCCGGUGCGUGAAUAAAUAAUCACACGUGUAACCUAACAUACAAUACCGUUAUAGUAUGUGAACUUACCAUACAGGAGUACCUGUUUACUCCAUCUAAAGCAAUUCACUGCUGCAUAAAUGCAAGCCAACUAGCCAAGUUCCAAAUUUGGACACCCAAAUUGCAGAUCAGGGGGGAUAAAACAAUGACAUUGCUACCUAUAUAUACGUGGUUGAAUUAAGUGUUGUCUUAUUUUAGUUGCAGAAACGCGACGAAGUGAUUAAGAAAUUGAACAGUGACGUGCAUGUCGCAGAAGGAGCUUUAAAGAAAGCGAUGAGUGAUAAAUUUGAAAGUGAUGAAAUUGUGAAUAUUAAGGAAGGUAUGAGUUUAUGAUUGCAUAAUACCCUUGGUCUAGCGUGUAGAGAAGUGUUGGCUGGAUGUAUAUACAGUGCCCUUUCCCUCUGCGGAUAUGCUGCGAAUCUGGGUCUGUAGUAGCCAAAUUCAGUGCGUGUACUUGCCAAUUGUCCAGAAUAGUAAAAAAACACGGUUCCUGCUACGCUGGCAUCAAUGAAAGGGAAGCAUACGCUAAUAUUUCACACUGAUAUUACAAUGAGUAAUAAUACAUAUUCUUGGGGCCAUUUGCAGUCGAUUUCACGAAACUUUGACCACAAAUGUUCCCAACUUCGUUGCAAAGUUCAAAAGUUCGUAAUGAGAUUCACAAACCAGUUUGUAAACUAUGCAUUUGAUUGCUUCUCUUACUUCAGGGACUCUGUUUACAAAUUGGCUUCCAAUAUGAACUUUCGAACCGAAUUCGCAACGACGUUCGGAACAUUUGUUGUCAAAGUUUCGUGAGAUUGACUUUAAAGCGCUUUUUUUGGCACCAAUACGACCUAUAACAUAAAAGCAUCACGAAUUUAAUAUUUACCAACUUCCUUACGACGUUAAUAGGACUGAGCAAAUUUUGUUCGAUUUCACUCCGACCCCGCGUUUUCUGCCGCAGACUGCAAACGGAAUCUCUUGCCCCCCACAACAACUUAUGUUUUCGUUUCAUCAUAUCACCGAUGUGGCCGACAGCUUUUUUACAUUGGCGUUUCCAGUCUAUUCCUUUCGAUUGUGUAAACUUACAACUUGCACAAACCCAGCUUUAGCACGUGUUUUUUUUUCUAUGUAUAAGAAAUGAGCUUUUUACACUAUUUAUUCAAAAGGCUGCCGGCAAAAGAGUCGUUUUGUUGUCAGAGUCAAAACGACUUUUUUGUCGUCGUUUUGACUCUUCUAAAUUGACCGUGUAUCUGUUAUUUCGUGCAGCGGAAUGCAAGAGAUGCGAAGAAAAAAUCAGGGAUCUCGAGAUACAACAGAAUGUACAGAGCAAGGAACUAGAAGCAACGAAAUUACGUCAUAUCUCAGUAUCAG